ACACGCAGACACAAACACAUGCACAUUAGACCUUAUUACACUCAACUCGCGCAGUUCACGGCACAAACCGACGGGCGAGACGUGCAGUAUGGCUGCCGUAUUGCGUGGGUGAAAAAGAGCCAGAAAAUCCUCUCAGCAGACUACAAGCUUUGGUCCCGAUGAUGAAUCGCACGAUCCAAGGGAAACGGCACAAGCGGUGUAGCGGCCUUUUACACUAAGGACUCUCAUGGCAGGCAUUAAAAAUUUCUUUUUAACGGAUUUAUGCGCCAGCCGAUCUGAUUAUCGAAGGCCCAGUAAUUAAACACCGUGAUUAAACAAUUGAAGUGCCAUGGCGAAGACAACCGAAAUCCUGAACCUGUCCUACCUUCAAGAUAAUGAGCGAGAGAUGAUCCUCAGUGUCCUGCAAAAAGACGAGAAACUUCGCAAACGAGAAGAAAAACGCGUCAGAAAGCUGAAGAACGAGCUUCUGGAGCUAAAACGCCGUGGUCGGCGUGGUAACCCGGAGCAGCGGGAGUGUGGCGUGUGUCUGCGUGCUCUGGGUCUCAUCCUCCAGAGGGGCAGUGUGUGUUUUGAGUGUCACCGUCGUGUCUGCAGCUACUGCACAGCAAUGACCCCGAAAAGCAGCAACACCAAGUGCACCCUGUGUGCCAAAUCUGCGGAGCUGAAGGUGGUCACAGGCGAGUGGUUUUUGGAAGAACGGGCUAAGCGCUUCGAACACACGACAGUCCCUAGCAGUGACGUCAUCAAACAGUCUAUUCUCAACAGUGUUCCAGAUGGACGCUCUGGUCAGAAGAAGCUUUCCCCAUCAGGACUGGACCGGCCAGCAACGCCUCAAUCUGAGCGCUCCGCCUCACCCCAAUCUGAGAGGAGUGCUGGCCGGUAUAUGGGCAAGAAGAAGGGGACAAAACCAGUGGCUGUAGAGGCAUCAGGGUUACCGACAACACUGAAUAACAUGCGCUCGCACACAAGCCGAGCAACGUCACAGGCUGAAGGGAGAAAAAGGCCUGAUGGGGCUGAGAGUGUGUGCAGUGUCCACAGCAGUGACAGUAUUCCUGAAAAGAUCAGCAUAGGGGUGAAGCGAAGAGACUCAGGCACACCCUCUAUCGCUGUGUCCAGAACUUCCCUUUCGUCAGAUCGCAGUCGUUCCGAAGUCGAUCUCAGUAAUCUGGGUGACGGGUUUGGUAAUGACCCCCUGCCUGGUCGCUGCCGCUCAGUCCCUGGGCUCAAUGAUGCAGACUCAGACGAAGACAUCGAUGCCCUGAUGUCUGCUCACUACAAAACCACCCGCAGCAUCAGCAGUGCUCAGUCCGUGUCUUCCACUCCAGGCUCGCAGCGAAAGUGGGGCUACCUUAAUUUACCCGACUCAGAUGCUGAGACUAGCAGUCUGAACAGUAUUAUGAGCGUGUACAGUGAGAUGGGUGACUACGGCAACGCGCGUGUUUCUGGAGAGAUCCUGCUCAACAUCUCCUACAGCUAUAAAACAGGAGCGCUCAACGUUCUAGUGCGAGAGUGCCGCUGCCUAGCAACCGGAGACGACCGGAGACAGCGGACUGACCCUUAUGUCAAAACCUACCUCCUACCAGACAAAUCACGCCAGAGUAAACGGAAAACCAGCAUCAAAAGCAACACCACUGACCCGGUAUUCAACGAGAACCUGAGGUAUGUGGUGAGUCAUUCGCAGCUGGAGACGCGUACUCUACAGGUUUCAGUCUGGCAUCAUGACCGCUUCGGACACAACAUCUUCUUAGGAGAGACUGAGCUGACCUUUGACUCCUGGGAAUUUGACAAACACAUAGAGGAUUGGUUUCCUUUGCAACCCAGAGCUGAGUGCUCCACAGAUACUCUGAUGCAGUAUAAAGGAGAGUUGACUGUGGUACUUAAGUACAUUCCUGCAGAGAAGAACCUUUCUCUGCCACUGGACCAAAUACAAGUGAAAAGAGGUUUUCUGAAAGGGAAGAAGAGUAUCACUCUGCCAAAAGGAGGUAUGGUAGAACUUUUGGUUAAAGAAGCCAAAAACCUGACAGCUGUCAAAUCAGGCUCUUCUGAUCCAUUUGUCAAAGGGUACCUGCUGCCUGAUGACAAGAAGAGCACGAAACACAAGACUGCAGUGGUGAGGCGUUCUGUGAACCCACGCUGGAAUCACACCUUCACCUACUGUGGCCUGCAGCACAGCGACCUGGACAACGUGUGUCUGGAGCUUACUGUCUGGGACAAAGAGCCACUCGCUAGCAACGUCUUCCUUGGGGGAGUGCGACUAGGAGCUGGGACUGGUCUGAGCUAUGGGAAAGAAGUGGACUGGAAUGAUUCCUAUGGUGAGGAGCAGCAACUAUGGCAACGCAUGAUUAACAACCCAGAGGUUCCCCAGGAGUGCACGCUGAUGCUAAGGUCCAGCAUGGCCAAGAGAAAGACGUAGAGAAGGAGAUGCCGAAGGAUAGAAAUGCAUCUCGCAAUAUUCGUCACAAGCUACUACUACUCUUUGUCACCUUAUAGAAAAGUGCACUUUGCAUACAUAGAUAGAUGCUACAUUGUAAUACACAAAGACAACAUUAUCCGCGAGACUAUGCUUGAUUCCUGCAUUUUACAAACAUGACCAAAAAGUCUAGCUGUCUAUAUGAACACCCUGUCCUUCAUCACUGUGUCUUUGCUGACCUCUGCACAAGCAUGCAUCAUACAUGCACAAAUCCUGCGGUACAAAGGCUGGCUCAAACAGAAGAAAGAUUGCUCUCACACAUGAACAAACACAUUUAUGGUGGCACAAACAGUUCUUUUCAAAGUGUACACGAAUUAGAUACAGAGAAGCACGUUCACUGCCACUCUCAUAUAUAUAAUGAAAACAAUCCUGCUUUUAGUGCACAUUUUGUCUGAGGAGUCUGUUUCCAGUGGUGUUGUAGCGAUGAGACAGAAAUUAAGCACACCUCAAUGACUCAGUACAUGACUCUCCAGUAGUGCAUGCCUAAAGCAGUGUUUAUUGUGCAUUAGAUUUGAGCUGCUCUACCUCAGCCUGUCUUUGUGUCCAGAGUGAUAGUGGGUGACAUGAUUAAAAUAUCAUAGCACAACAUUUAUAUAAUAGACAGAACAUAUCAAUAUCAAUAUAUA